GUCCCCAGGGAGGGAACUCAUGAAUAUUCACACGCCUGCCGGAGCGGGAGGGAGCCAGCCCGCGUGUGACUGGGCGUCAUUGGAGCGUUCCUGUUUCCCAGUGACCGCGGGCAGAGGCAGCCUGGGAGUCAGAUGUGGCUCCGGCGGGGAGCGGAGAGGGAGAGCCAGCCCGCCGAGGCCCGAGGUGUCUGAGAUGCCGCCGCCUCAGAAGAAGCGCUGGGAGUCCAUGGCCAAGGGGCUGGUGCUGGGCGCGCUCUUCACCAGCUUCCUGCUGCUGCUGUACUCGUAUGCAGUCCCCCCGCUGCACCCCGACCUGCCAUCCACGACCCCGGAGGGCACCCCGUCCUGCUCCCCGGCCCCGGAUGAGUCCGAGACGACAGCGGCGGCCGCCAACGGCUCCUCGCCCGCCAACGGCUCCUCCCCGGGGGGCUGCCGGCCGCGGCGGGACAUCGUGUUCAUGAAGACGCACAAGACGGCCAGCAGCACGCUGCUCAACAUCCUGUUCCGCUUCGGCCAGAAGCACGGGCUCAAGUUCGCCUUCCCGAGCGGCCGCAACGACUUCGCCUACCCGGCCUUCUUCGCGCGCCGCCUGGUGCAGGGCUACCGGCCGGGCGCCUGCUUCAACAUCAUCUGCAACCACAUGCGCUUCCACUACGACGAGGUGCGCGGCCUGGUGGCGCCGGGCGCCGCCUUCAUCACGGUGCUGCGCGACCCGGCGCGCCUGUUCGAGUCCUCCUUCCACUACUUCGGCUCGGUGGUGCCGUCCACGUGGCGGCGGCUGCGGGGCCGCGCGGACAAGCUGGCCGCCUUCCUGCGGGAGCCCGACCGCUACUACGACCCGCGCGGCCUCAACGCGCACUACCUGCGCAACCUGCUCUUCUUCGACCUGGGCUACGACAGCGGCCUGGACCCGCGCAGCCCGCGCGUGCAGGAGCACAUCCUGGAGGUGGAGCGCCGCUUCCACCUGGUGCUGCUGCAGGAGUACUUCGACGAGUCCCUGGUGCUGCUCAAGGAGCUGCUGUGCUGGCAGCUGGAGGACGUGCUCUACUUCCGCCUCAACGCGCGCCGCGCCCCGGCCGCGCCGCGCCUCUCGGCCGAGCUCUACCGCCGCGCCACCGCCUGGAACGUGCUGGACGCGCGCCUCUACCGCCACUUCAACGCCAGCUUCUGGCGCCGCGUGGACGCCUUCGGCCGCGAGCGCAUGCGCCGCGAGGUGGCCGCCCUGCGCCGCGCCAACGAGCGCAUGCGCCGCAUCUGCAUCGACGGCGGCCGCGCUGUGGACGCCGCCGCCAUCCGCGACGCCGCCCUGCAGCCCUGGCAGCCGCUCGGCGCCAAGUCCAUCCUGGGCUACAACCUCAAGCAGAGCAUCGGCCGGCGCCACGCGCAGCUCUGCCGCCGCAUGCUCACGCCCGAGAUCCAGUACCUCAUGGACCUCGGCGUCAACCUGUGGGUCACCAGGCUCUGGAAGGCCGUGCGCGACUUCCUGCAGUGGUGACGUGGCGUGACGCCGUGGCGUGACGGCGUGACGGUCCCCUCGGGGGAGGGGGGCCUGCUGCUGGCCUCCAUCCACCCCCCUCCCACCCCCCAGUCCCUCCUGGUGCCACCUCGGUCCCCGGGGGAAUGGGGGGAUGGAGCCAACCAGCCAGUCUGUGCCCCCAGCAUCAGUAUUUGACUAAUUGUACCUUUUCUUUUUCUUUCUUUCUUUCUUUCUUUCUUU